ACGAGACCUAGAUGCCCGAUAACCAAACACACUCUAGCGAGUUCCCGGCCACGACAGAAGCCAUUUCCAGUUAUUUUGGGCCGAUAUGGGCGCACAUGGCAGCCACCAGCUUCACGCGGGACGAGAACGGGACUUCACUGAGGAGCGAGGAGCGUUUCCCCGCGCCGCCGCCACAGACGCGAGGCGCAGCCUCCGGUAGGGCCGUAGGGGGCGGCGAAGGUGACCGUGGGGGUGGUUCCUGGAUCGGUGCAUGGCGCGCGGGAGGUCGUCAACGCCGCUGCCGGAGACCCGCUCCCCGGGACGGGACUGGGCGGGGGAGGCUGAUGUCGAGGAGAUGUCCGGCGACGGGGGAGAAGCUGUGGGCGGAUCCUUCUGCUCCCCCCGUCUCCAUCGCUUGCGGCGGUGGAGGGUACGGAUCCUUCUGCUCCCCCCGUCUCCAUCGCUUGCGGCGGUGGAGGCAAGCUGCUCUCACGCUUAACGCAUCAUGUCGCUUUAGAUAUACUCAAGAUCUUGAAAAGGAGGAAGAGAAGGAGAUGAUAAGAAGAAAGAUCCAAGCGCAUUUACAAGUGAUACGCAUUUCCUCUCAAGCAAGCUGGGGAAAAAGACCUCAGAGCCUAGUAAGAUUAUUUGGUCCUGCACCACCUGAAGUUACUGUGCAGAGGGAUCAGGGUGGACCACCGCCUUGUGAUCCGACUUUUGGUCGACGUGAUAGGAAAGCUGGGAGGGAUGGUGGUCUUCCAAUGGGUCACCCAGAACCACACAAGAUACGAAGAUAUUGGAUUUGGUACAUAUUUUCACGCGUUGUGUCACACCCGAUGCUAUGACAGAUGGGGAUUCUGAAUAUCCCCAUGAGAUGGAGGAAGAUGGAUUCGCCAGGUGCGUAUUCAGAGGUGGAAGGCGGAAUGUAUCCUGUAGGUGUGAGUGAGCUUUGCCAGGAAGUCAUGAGCCCUAAUGGUGUUUAAAUAAACAAGAGACUUGUAACAUACAUCUUGUUGAAAUAUAUGAGACAGAAACAAUACUCUCUUAUCUCUCGAAAUCCCAAUUUCCCGUGAUUUGUUAGCCCUAGUCACGGAGGUGAAUGUGGUGUUAACUGUGUUCACCUUCAGAUGAAGUGACUUCUAUGGAUCAAGACGACGCUCAUCUCCUUGUUUUAUGUAAAAUAUAGGGUUAAUUUGAUCCAUGCCACUGGAAAUUACUAUUUUAGAAAUAUAUCAUUAUCAUUCACGAUAUCGGCUAGGUGCCACUACAAUUCUGUAAAAUUAGAUCCAUGCCAUCACCGUCACGCACUCCAUUCCCUUUAUUUUUCAUCUUCUCUGCCCCCCGCCGCCGCCGUCGUUGUU